UGUGAAUACGCGUUUUGUUUUAUAUCGUUGUUCAAAACGAUUUUUAUAUUAUAGAUGUAUAGUUUUGCUCCUUUUUUGAGUUGUUGACUUCACGGAAAAAUUUGGGCACGUCGUCCGGGAAGACUCGCCGGGGUUUUACGGGAAACGGUGUCUGGAGAAGAAGAAAAAAUCGCAUAUUUUUCGUUUCACGUGCAAGUUUCGGUUUUUCGUACAAGUGCAGCCUACAACCAAGUGACCAAAAAUCGUCCAAGAAGGAAGAAUACUAAAGUGGUUUCUCAACUUCAGCUUAAGGAAAAAUUACACACAAAAAUAAGAAAAAGAAAAAAAAAGUUUUAAGGAAGAACGACAAAUGUUACAAAUGUGUCUACCUCCAGCAGCAGUGCUGAAACCAAAAUUGUAAAAGUUAUAACCAUAGAGAGUACUAUAGUGGCAACAGAACACCGCACCCGGGUUCACAGUUGCCGGCAGCGCAGCGGGAAAAAUCGAAUUUUCCCUGUUCCAACCAACCCAGUCGAUAUCAUAUGACUGCCACCACCACCGACCAUCGUCGUCGUCUACUUCGAGUGGAGCAGACGUCGUGCAGACGGCUCCCCAACUCCUGUGCGCCGCCCCACACCAGCAAGGACGAGAACGCCAGUGAAAAGUGAAAUUUUCCUCCUCGCGGACUCAGUGCACACACACACACAUAGACAGACAGAUAAGGGGGCCGUGUUUUUCACGACUUUCACGAACACACGAGCGUGUGUUUAAGUGUUUGUGUGGGUUUUCCAAAGGAAAGUGAAAAGGAACGUCGUCAACGCUGAAGAACAAAAACAACACCCGAGAGUGUGAGUGGAAAACGAUUGGGAGUUGUGGUUGAACCUGGGUUCACACGGAAAAGUGCGAGUUCCGGAUAAGCUGGGAGUGUUUUUGUACAUAGUUUAGGAAAAUACAUGAUUCAACGUUGUGCGUAGAGUACGUCGCGUGUGACUCAGGGACUUGGUAGAACAUACCGUUUGUUAGCAAAUAACCCGUGGCCGGACCAGGAAGCACUAGUGACACACAGUCGAAAAGUGCUGCCGUAGCACGAAGUAGCAAGUGGCACACAAAAUGUUCCAGCUAAUUGGCAGUUUAUCGACUUGACAUAAUAAAGAAAAACCGCAAGACGGGCAUAAUUGUAAUUAUAGCAAAAAUGAACCGCGCUUUAAUCAGCCCACAGUUAUUAGCUGAAAGUUACAAGUGUAUGUGAGAAUGUUGGUAGUUAAGCAAGAAGAAUGUUGUAGCCAAUUAUAUUGAAGAAUCUAGUGAAAAUUUAUUCUCUGUUACGCUAAUACAAAUGAAUAACCCAAUAGUUGAAAACAAUAGUGCAAAGUGAAAAUAAAAAGUUCAAAGCAAGAAACUAUUUACAGACAGCAAACGGACCUCAGAACCUCAGAACACGACAAAGCUGCAAUGAUGAUGCUGCAGCACAUGUCGCCCCACUUUGUGGGAGGCGCCCCGACCACCGACCAUCCCGGGCCAUCCCCGGGGGUCACUCCGUCACCGCCACCACAAACAACCCUUACGCAGAGUCCUUCGCCAUCACCGCCGCCGCCGCCACCGUCUCAUCACGUUCAUCUCGCGCAUCCAGAAGAUCGCCAGCCGUCACGGAUCGUGAUGCGCCGAUCGUCGCUCCAUCUGCCGUCCGACGACGAAGAACAUCACUACAAAUACAAGCGGGAACCGUACUCACGCCCUGGCACCCCGCCGGCAACGUUCCACCAUCAGCAGCAGCAGCAUCACCAGGCAUCGCCAAGACACGCGUCUUAUUCAGACGUCAUCGUUCCCCAGCAAUACCGACCCCGCUCGCGGACACCAACACCAACUCCUACGCAUCAUCACCAGCACCGGAUCGCUUCGGUAAUCCAGGAACGUUACAUCAAGGAGGAACGACCUCCGCGCCGAUCGUCGAUCGACGAGGAUCAACAGGUUGCUCAGUAUUAUCGCGAUCACCCAGAGCAAGCUCUGCGUUACACGCGACCAGAAGAGGACGAAGAAGAACUCGAGUACGCCCGUCGGUACCAUGCACGCUACGAAGCAAACCCGGACGAAGAGGAAGAAGACGAGCAGUACCGCCGACAAAGGCGACGACUCUCGGAGGAACGGCGGCGGCGUGACGAAGACUCGGACUUUAGCGACAGCCAGGUCGGCGGAGCGGUCAGUGGCGACACCGACCACUACCCAAAGUCCGAGGAGGAACCCGAGGAGGACGACGAAGACGACGAGCGUCCGCUGGACCUCUCGAUGAAGAUCAAACGGCGCAUCCGGAAGGACUCGGCUGGCAGCUGCGACUCGGACGACUCCGCCGGGCCCGACUCGGACGGAAAUCCCCGCGGCCAGGGACGGGCUGCGUACAAGAAAAGUCUGAUGAAGCGAUACCUGGACACCGAGAUUCCGCUGCCGCCCCAGACGCCGAGUCCGCCCCCGCAGCAGCGAUCCUCGGCGCACCACCACCACCACAACCACCACCACAGUCACCUUCAUCACAGCAAUGGGGGCCACCACCAGCAAUCGUCCAGCAGCAGUUUGCUCGCCACCAGUCUCAGCCAGCAGUCGACCCAGCAGCACAGGCCCCUGCUCCACGGGCUGCUCAGCGGCACCCACAUACCUCAGGCGCCCUACCACAGCCGGGGCUACAGCACGUCCAGCACAGGCUCACUACCUCCAAGUCCCGCCGACAGUGGCGUGUCCGACGUGGACAGCUCGAGCAGUGGUGGCCAGCCGGCCUGCAGCGAUGAACUCAAAGCCCGCCUCGGAAUCCCGCUCAGCAGCAAUCAGCAACAGCAGCAGCAGCAGCAACAGCAAAACCAGACCAGCGGUAGCAGCAGUAGUUCGUUACUGGUCGGGAGCGGCGGCGGCGGUGGCGGUGGCGGAUUACCUCCACUCAAUCCGGCCUCGUCCUCUCCAACUUCCGGGGGUUCACUCCCCUCGUCGGUGGCUCUCUCGGCGGCGGCAGCGGCCGUCACCCAGCAACAUCUGCAGCAGCAAGCACAAGCCCACCUGCCGCCGGGCACGUUCCUGCGGCCCAACUUUUACCACCACAGCUCGCCGCCUCUCCGGAACAUCUGGAACCAGCGGACCGUGCCCCUUGCCGACAACUACCACUACCUGCACUCGAUGAACGCGGCGGCCGCGGCCGGCUAUCCGUCGUCGCACUUCCCGACGCCGUCGCCGCCACGCGGCAAUCAGCCCGGUCCCCAGCCGGGCAUGGGUCAGCACCCGUACCAGCACGUAACCGGCCAGCAUCAGCACGUAGGGAACGGCGGCCCCGUUAUGGUGCAGGGCCUGCACCACCACCACCCGCAGAGCGUCACCUCGAGCUGUCCGGACGAUCUGAGCUACAUGCUAGAGCUCGGAUUCCCGCCGCGCAAGCUCAAGAAGCCCAAGAAGCCGAAGCUGGAGAUGGGCGUGAAGCGGAAGUCACGCGAGGGCUCGACCACGUACCUGUGGGAGUUUCUGCUCAAGCUGCUGCAGGACCGCGAGUACUGCCCGCGGUUCAUCAAGUGGACGAACCGGGACAAGGGCGUCUUCAAGCUCGUCGACUCGAAGGCCGUCUCCAAGCUGUGGGGCAUGCACAAGAACAAACCGGACAUGAACUACGAAACGAUGGGGCGCGCCCUCCGGUAUUACUACCAGCGCGGAAUCCUGGCCAAGGUCGACGGCCAGCGACGUGUACCAGUUCGUGGACGUCCCGAAGGACAUCGUCGAGAUCGACUGUACGGGCACAUAGAGGUACGACCUGGGCGAGCUGCGCCGCCACAAACAAACACAAAAGUACACACACUAGUCCGGUUUCCGGCGCGUUGUCCCAUCGCGGCCUACUUUGUACAGAGAAUGAGUAAGAGAGAUACUAUUACUACUACUACAACUACUUCCGAUUAGUUAUGAUUUAGCGUGUACGGAACCGCGUGCUGAAUGAUGAGCUUUGAGUUACGUUUUUUUUUUCUUUUUUGAUAUUUAUUUCUAUUACUUUGAGAGAGCGAGUGAUCUUCCCAACCUUCGCGCAGAUCCUCGCGUUUUAGUUAAGCCCUGUAUCAUAUUAGCUCGUUAAGCUGUAAUAUUAUGUUUAUUUUGUGUAAAUUAUAAUUUAUUUAAGUUAAAAACCCACACCAACACACUCACACAGAAAAUCGCGAGAAAAUCAAGAUAAUAUUACGCAAAACAAAACACAAACACACGAAAAAGACAAUAAAAAGGAGGGAAAAUAGCUAACAGUGUUGCGCUUUUUCGUUUAAACCGAUUUAAUUUGUUUUUUAAUGGUCAAGUUUUAAAAUCCACUACUUUUUAAGUUUUUGUUACCCCCGAGAGGACAUUGGCGCAAGCAGAUUACAUUUUAACCACAAAUGCGGCGCGGUUCCGAUUGGCGUGCACGGAGUGCGUUCAAAACUGUUCCGAAACUGACAGCUCCGCUUUGAACGCACUCGUUUGCGUUAAAAGGAACCAUCCACGCAGAAAAAAACACACAGCAGUUUAUUGAACAAACACACGUGUCAAACAAGAGAAGUACAAAUCGAAUCAAAACAUAGUAAUUGUGUGUGUGCGUCCUCAAACGCCUCGCGGUCACCGGGGUUAGUUUCUUCUUCUUCCGAUUCAUUUAGCUUACUGGCGCUAGUUUUAACCAAGUUUUUUUGUUUGUUUUUUUCUAAAGUUAGAGCUUUUUUAUUCUUUUCUUGGAACUCAUUUUAAAAUAUUAUUGGCGAAAGCAAAACCACACUCACACACGUGCUGAGAGGAUGUAAAUUUUUGUGUAAAUUUUUUUGUACUAUUCGUUAAGGUUUAGACUUGUAAGGCUCUUUAGUUGCGUAAGUUUUUUUUUUGUAUCCGCUAGAAUGCAAUCAGCUGUAAUCAAGUGUAAAAAUAUUUUUUAAGUGCAAGUAUUUUGUUUUUAAGAGGUUCUUUCGCUGUACUUUCUAAAAUUCUUUAAUUUUAACAUAUCUUGCGAGCGUUAUCGUUUUUAAGGAAUACUACAACUCACUGCCCCCCAUUCUCUCAACCUCUUCUUUUAAUUGUUUUAUUCGUUUAAGAAGCCUUCCCGCCCCCACGCUCCCCCCUUCGUUUCUAAGAAAUUGUCAAUCAAAGUGAUACAAACCGAAAAUCAAAAAGAGUUAGGAAAAAAGCAGCAAACUAAAACGUGAAAAAAAUGAGCCGAAUCCGAACACACACUCACUCAGACACGCAAGAGCUGACAAGAAUUUUAAAAGAGAAUAAAACGAAGUUUCUUUAGAAUCUUGAUCUCAUUAAUUUAUUUUUAUUGAAAGGCAAACAAACAAAAAAUAUUUUUAAAUCGCGAAAUUAUUUUGGUUUCCUCACCGUGUGUACAUACAAGCUUGCGAGAGCAAUGAGUUUUUGAUUUCUCCCAAUUUGAGUGUUAUUUUGUGAUCCUGGACGCGGCGCGCCUGCAAAAUUCUGUCCCCGAAGCAGUACUAGAUUCGAUCGAACGCAAUCCAAACUUUUGGCGAAAAUCAAAUAAAAUUAACACGAUGCCUACCAAAAUCCAACUCGACACUGCCAUGUAUAUUCGAAGAGUGAGAGAGUGACCGGACAUUGGUGCAUAACACUAGCUUAGCGUAAAAUUUACUCACCCGUUCUAGUACGCUGAAUCGAACCUAGUACUGCGCGCAGAUUGUGCCCGCUCACGCCGACGUUCCACUCGUGCUAGCUUUUUUGUGGAGGAUUUUUCCUCCACGCCAAACACGCUCAACUGCCUGUUCCCUCUUUGGAUUUUACGCGCUUUUUGUUCUAUAUUUUUUCUUACCCAAAAUCAAACAAAACACGCAGACACACACGCCGAGUCUACCCCAAAAAAAAAAUAUUGAAUCUGUUACAAGUUUUUCAACUUCCCACGUCAAAAAAAAUGAGAGAGUAACGAAACAAGUGUAAUAGAUCGAACGACAAGUAUGUGCAAUGAACCAAAUCAAGAAGUAACAAGUAGAAAGAAAGUGUGUCUACCCCCGCAAAACACAAACAAAAAGUAAACAACAAGCAAGAUUUUUAGAAAAUCGAGCAGAAAGUAAUGGAGGCUCUGUUCUGUGCGAGCUCGCUGUCGAAAAACCAAAACUCAAAACUAAACUAGAAACAGCAUCAAAAAACGUUUGGCAAACUGUAUUCUUGAAAAAGCAAAAACGCAACCCACACAAAAGUAGAAGAAGCGAAAAAAGAGUAUAGAAUGAAGCUUGAAGGAAAAAGAGGAUAGUUUGAUAGUUUUUACGCGGUAAAGAUGAUUAGACGUAAAACAUUUAUGAUUAAAGAGUAAUUCUAUACAUAACACAAGCCAGAAAAAAAAAACAAAACAAAACAAAAAAGGAAACGUUUCUGAAAAGAGAAGAUCAAAGUGCGGAAUGCAUACAUCUAAAAAAAUAACACAAAAAUGGCGAAGGAAAAGUUUAGAAUCAUUUGUUAUGUGUAUAUUAAUUAUACUUUAAAUGUUGCAAAUUUUAUAUAUAAAAAUUAUAAGCUAGAAAAAAGAAAAUAAAAAUCAUAUAAUUUAAUUUGAAAUAA